CGGCUCCAGUUUUGAUUUGAGAGCGAUAAUGUACGUUAUAUUAACAAGAUAUUGACUUGUUUUAAACGUUACAACUUUCAGUGUUCCUAUUAUUUAUUUUACGAAUACGCAUUUAUUUAACUCUGCCGUAAAAGUGAUUUUAAGUAGUUUCAAAAUCGGUUUAUGGUAUUGAAGUAUAUAUAUUCACAUUUCAGUUUCGUAUUAAUUGUGAGUGUGUAAAUCGACGAUUGACAAAAUGAGUGGAAAAACAGCGAUCGGUAUCGAUCUGGGCACCACCUAUUCCUGUGUGGGUGUCUGGCAACACGGAAAAGUAGAAAUCAUCGCCAAUGAUCAAGGUAACAGGACCACCCCGAGUUAUGUGGCGUUUACCGAUACUGAACGAUUGAUCGGUGAUGGGGCCAAGAACCAGGUAGCGAUGAAUCCCGUCAAUACGGUGUUCGAUGCCAAACGUUUGAUCGGCCGUCGUUAUGAUGAUGAUAAGACACAAACGGACAUUAAGCAUUGGCCAUUCAAAGUGAUAAACGACGGCGGAAAGCCCAAGAUCCAAGUGGAAUUUAAAGGUGAGCGUAAAGUGUUUGCUCCGGAAGAGAUUAGUUCGAUGGUGUUGUCGAAAAUGAAGGAGAUCGCGGAAGCGUACUUGGGCCGUAACGUGACGGACGCUGUCAUUACGGUGCCGGCCUACUUCAACGAUUCACAGAGACAAGCAACUAAAGACGCGGGCGCCAUAGCCGGUUUGAACGUAAUGCGGAUAAUUAACGAACCGACGGCCGCAGCCCUGGCCUACGGUUUAGACAAAAACCUGAAAGGAGAAAGAAACGUCUUGAUAUUCGACUUGGGUGGCGGCACCUUCGACGUUUCAGUUUUACAGAUCGACGAAGGUUCGAUAUUUGAAGUUAAAUCCACGGCUGGCGACACACACUUGGGCGGUGAAGACUUUGACAACCGGCUGGUGAAUCAUUUAGCCGACGAGUUCAAGAGGAAAACCAAAAAAGACGUACGCGCUAAUCCGAAGGCGUUAAGACGGUUGAGGACGGCCGCCGAACGGGCUAAGAGAACAUUGUCGUCUAGCUCGGAGGCUACUUUGGAAAUAGACGCUUUAGUAGAUGGUAUCGAUUUCUACACACGAGUUUCUCGUGCUCGUUUCGAGGAGCUAUGUGCCGAUCUAUUCCGGUCGACCCUACAACCGGUGGAAAAAGCGUUGGCGGAUGCCAAGUUAGAUAAAGGAGACAUACAGGAUGUGGUGCUCGUGGGUGGAUCGACAAGAAUCCCGAAGAUCCAGAAUCUCUUGCAAAAUUUCUUCUGUGGUAAGCCACUCAACUUGUCCAUCAACCCCGACGAAGCAGUAGCCUACGGUGCUGCUGUGCAGGCGGCCAUUCUUAGCGGUGACACGAGUUCUGCAAUUCAAGAUGUGUUACUCGUGGACGUCACUCCGUUGUCAUUAGGCAUUGAGACCGCAGGCGGCGUUAUGACCAAAAUCAUUGAACGCAACUCCACCAUUCCGUGCAAACAAACCCAAACUUUCACCACGUACGCAGACAACCAACCUGCCGUCACCAUCCAGGUGUUCGAAGGAGAAAGAGCGUUGACAAAAGACAACAAUCUUUUGGGAACAUUUGACCUGACAGGUAUACCUCCAGCGCCCAGAGGAGUACCUAAAAUCGAAGUGACUUUCGACAUGGACGCCAACGGUAUUUUGAACGUUUCGGCCAAAGAUAAUAGUUCUGGGCGCUCUAAGAACAUCGUUAUCAAAAAUGACAAGGGACGUCUCUCUCAAGCUGAAAUCGAUCGUAUGCUCAGCGAGGCCGAACGGUAUAAAGAAGAGGACGAACGACAGAAGGAAAAAAUCGCGGCCAGAAAUCAGUUAGAGAGCUAUGUGUUUGGUGUGAAACAAGCAUUGGACGAGGCUGGUGACAAGUUGACCGAAUCUGAGAAAAGUACGGGUAAGAAGGAAUGCGACGCAGUCAUCGACUGGUUGGAUAGAAAUCAGUUAGCGGACAAAGAUGAGUACGAAGACAAGUUAAAAGAAAUCCAAAACAGUUGCUCGACUCUAAUGUUGAAGAUACACGGCGCAGGAAAGGGCGGAGCACCUAAUAUGCCUCCUGGUGCUAAUGGUUUCGCUGGAGCAAGAGGAGGACCUACUGUUGAAGAAGUCGAUUAAGCUUAAUACGAUGUCAUCGGAUAUUUGUAAAAUCCUAUUUUGGACUGUAAUCCUACAUUUUUAUGAAUUCCUACUAGUUUUAAAAUUAAUUGUAGAUUUUAGUAUUA